AUCACAUCGCUCCAAAAAAGAAACGGUUGUACGCUACAGCGCGUCUCUACUGCGCAGACUCACGCAGAGAGAGGAAGAGGCUCGGAGGUGUCGCUUUCCCCCAACAGAGGAAUCCAAGUCUCCUACAAAGCUCUUAGGAGCUCAUAACCACCAGUAAAGCUGUAUAAGCACCGGGUUGACGGGACCGAAGGAAGUGGCGUGUCGUACGGGGAGCUGCCUGCCGAAAUCGCCAUGAGUUACAAACCCAUCGCUCCUGCGCCGUCUGGCUCCAACCACACACCUCCAGGCUCCUCGGUGCCCUCUCCAUCCCUGCCCUCGUCGUCCAACUUCAGGCCGGCUUUCAGUGACUUUGGUCCGCCCUCCAUGGGCUUUGUCCAGCCUGUCAAAGUGUCUCAAGGCUCCACCUACAGCGAGCUCCUGUCCGUCAUUGAGGAGAUGAGCCGCGAGAUCAGGCCAACGUACGCCGGCAGCAAGAGCGCCAUGGAGAGGCUAAAGAGAGGUAUAAUCCAUGCCCGUGCACUGGUCAGGGAGUGUCUUGCAGAGACGGAGAGAAGUGCACGCACAUAACCUUUUGGAAAGACCCCUUCACCCCUCGCUUUUACCCCACCACCCCCCCGAUAGAAGCCUGUUCUCCCCAAGGUCUUUUUUUUUUUUUUUUUUUUUUAAUUUUAAAAUCCUCCCAGCUUCUCUGCUUUCCUCGCCGGCUUUUUCUAGGUGCAUCAUGUCCUUCUUGUCUCCGCUGUCAGUUCCCUGCACACCUUUUUUUUGUUCAUCACAGACUUUGUGACCUGUGGAGUGUACGCAAAAUGCAGUUUUGUAUCUAUUUUGAAAUAAGAGUGUAGGGAAUUUCAGCACAUUUUUAAGUAGACCUAUGGGUAAAAAAAAAAAAAAAAAAAAAACCUUGGUAAAAAUGGACGUGAAUGUUUAAAAACAGGAUUUGACUUAGUUUUUGUUUUUUUAAAAAUGAUGAAAAUCAAUGUUCCACCUGCGCUCAUGUUUCUAUUCUGAACAUCACUCUGCAGCCGCUCAUUAUUUCUUCUGUUGAUCGGAGCGUCUUGAUUAUUCCUCCCCCCUCGUCAUCUGCAUUCACCCUCGCUUUGUUUUCAUCAUGUUUUGUAGUGUGAACACACGUUAGAUGUUUCUCAAUCCCAAGAACUCUGUACAUCUCAAGUCAAUUUGUUAGUAUGGAAAUUUUGUAAACCAGAUUUUUGCAGUUCUGUAUGUAUAUCUUAAUUAAAUAACAGGAAAAAAAUAA